AUGGCUUCCUCAACUCCCAUCAAGAAGGUCUGCCUUAUUGGCGCCAACGGAACGGUCGGUUCAGUCAUCACAAAGGAGAUCGUCAAGGCCGGCUGCUUCGACAUGUCUGUUCUACGACGCUCCAAUUCGUCCUCGCUUUCACCAGCUGGUGUCACUGAGAUUCCCAUCUCACCCGCCCUCGGUUUAGAGGAGCUUACGAAAGCUCUGGCCGGCCAGGACGCCGUUGUGGCCGCAUUCCCGCUGAAGGACGUAUCGGAGCACCUUCGUCUAGCAGAAGCAGCCUUCAAUGCAGGUGUUCUUCGCUACAUCCCCGCAGACUACGGGAGCUGUGAUGCUGCCAGCCCUCAAGCCCAGCACCAUCUGAAGCUGUACCGGGACAAGACCGCCGUACGGGUCAAGUGUGAAGAGCUUGCGGACAAGGCAGCUGCAGACCCGACAGGUGCUAGCCCAUUCACAUGGACGUCCAUUAUUUGCGGCCACUUUUUCGACUAUGGCCUCCGAAGUGGCCUGCUCCAUUUCGACAUUGACACCGAACGAGCACAGAUCCUCGAUGCUGGAGACAUCAAAGCAUCGGCAUCUACUCUCCGCCGCGUCGGGGAGUCGGUAGUUCGUGUUCUUCAGCGUCAGGAAGCUACUCGUAACCGUGCUGUGUAUGUCCAAAGCUUCUGCCCAACACAGCUUGAAAUCCUGGCAUCACUCGAGCGUGCUACCGGCAACAAAUGGCACACGCAGCAUCUAGACUCUAAUGCCUUUCUGGAUCGCGAGACCAAGCGCCUGGCCGCUGGUGAUCAUGAGGCCGUCGAGGAGAUUGUUUUUGUUCUGGGCACUGUGGACGCGGACUGGACUCGCAAGGACGGAUAUGCAAUGGAGUUGUUGGGUUUGGAGGACGAGAACUUAGAUGAGGUGAUUUGCGAGGUGCUGGCUGCUCACAAAGCCAAGGCAUAA